GAAGUCUGUAGUUGCAACUGGUAAGCCGUUGUUGAAUAGAGUGUCACAGAAUAGAGUUACUGCUUCAGAGUGGAGUUCUGACUCCAAAAGUUUACAAAGUAUAACUAGUCAGAGUGAAGAUAUAAAACCUUUAAUGAUUUGUGAGGAGGAACCAAAAUUGUCUACUUCUGUUAUUAAAGAGUUUGAAAAUGAUGAACUUGACGGUAAAUUGUAUAUAUGUGAUAAUGAUCAUGAUAGUGCAGAUUUGUCUUUGGUUGAUCAUGAUGAAAUGGAGGGAAUGCCUACUACUGCUAAGUUAAAUAAAGGUUCUGUACAACUUGAACGUGAAGUAGAAAUAAAUGCAGAUUCAGUUGCAGAAGGCAUGCAUACUUGUGAGACCGUCAGUGUAAUUGAUCAGCGUGUAGCCCACCUAUCAUCAGAUGAUAGUGCUAAACCCGAACUAGUAGUGAAAGACAGCAGUGGUGGUAAUCUUGCAGUUGGACAACUAUCUGAGAGCCGAACAAGAACAGCUUCUGAUCCACCACUAAGUUCAUCACCUUGUGUCACUCAGUCAUCGUUGGUGUUUUCAUCCACAAUGAAACAGAUGCCCAUCAACUCAAGUAUCUUCUGCAAUGACUAUGGUAGUAUCAGUUCGUUUGAAAGGACGUAUAUCAAUGGUCAGUUUAGUGUGGAUAAGCCAAGUGUAAAGGAGAGAGUAAUUGUUAAAUUGACUUGCACGAAUAAAGGCAUUUCUAGUUUCAAGUUACUAUUUGAAUGUUAUUAUCUUUGGUGUAAAUUACUCUGUUUCUAUACUUGGUUGAUGAGAUAUGUCGUGUGUUUGUUGGUCAUCUAUAUUCUACGAUACAAUGACAUGGGCGUGUUGCCGUUCAGAUUUGAGGAUAUAGCUGAUAGAAGGAAGUUAGCAAAUGAACUCUGCGACGAUUUUCCAACCUAGAGCGUCAACCUGAGAAGGGUUGUAGGCGUACUGGUGUAAGUCCUACAGUUCUUCAAAGGGUAGCGCAUCAAUGAGCAGUCCAAUGUGCUUGGUGUAUGAUCUUGUACAUAUGUUCAUAUUGUAUAUACUGAAUUGAUAUCAUCUUUCAUCUAGCUGUUGGUAAUUCUGUUUGUGUCCGGACGACUUCCACUUGGAUCAUCAACCUGAGAAGGAAUGUAGGCGUACUGCUGUAAGUCCUACAGUUCUUCAAGGGUAGUUUGUCGUGUCAGAAUCCACAACAUUUGAUGUGUUGAUUGUACAUAUGUUUGUGUUAAAUAGUUGUGUGAGUUCCAAUUGAUGUAAUUGUUGGUUAAUCUUGUUUGUGUCUGGACAUUCCACAACUUACAAUCGUCAACCUGUGAAGGGUUGUAGGCGUACUGGUGUAAGUCCUGCAAUUCUUCAAAGGAAUUCCAUCAAGACAUGAUCGGUGAAGUUGUUUGUACUGUUUGUAUAUACGUGUGGUGUGUCAUAUCAAUUUGUGAUUUUGGAUUCAUUGUGUUUACUUGUUGUUUUCGUGUCUUGUUGUUAUUGCGUAAUUUUGUUAAAAUUUUCGUCGUGAUUACUUCUGAAGUUGUUUCGAGUCUUCUACAUCCAUGAAUGAAUUGAUUGAUGUUAAGGACAGCAGAUGGGUCGUAUACGCCGGGGAGGCUAGGCUAUUGCUGAGAAUGAAAUGCACACGGAGACAAUUGUUAGCUGCGGUCCGACACGCCGGGGAGAAAGAGUGUAAACGACUGAGGCUCGCAUGCGUCACCGCUACUAGAACUGAGGC